AUGGCUCCCAUGCUGCAUCGAGUCUGGACGCCCAACACAGGUGCCUUUCCGUACAGUGUGGCGAGGCAUGCUCGCACAGGCAGUGGAUGGAUGGUUGGUUCCGCGCAGGUCCGUCCUCGUUGCCGCGGUUCGCAAGCGCCACCUACGGCGGCACCGGAGCAAACACACUAUUUGACCCGCCGCACAGGAGCAAGCAAGGUCGUCUCCAAGCUGGCCUACACCGACCAGUUCACGUGCCUCGACAAGGCAGCCAUGCUUACCCCUGAGGAGGACGCGCUCUGCGCCGACGGGAAGACGCCGACGGACCCGUGGCGGCUGUGCACUAUGCAGCAGGUGGAGGAGGUGAAGUGCUUAGCGCGGAUCAUCCCAGUGUGGUCGUCGGGGAUCGUCUACUUCGUGGUGGUCACCCAGCUAAGCACCUACGUCGUCCUCCAGGCGGCGCAGACCGACCGCCGUAUCACCGCCAGCAGCAGCUUCCAGAUCCCGCAGGGCUCCUUCGUCGUCUUCGUGAUGCUCGCUCUAACUCUCUGGAUCCCGGUGUACGACCGUCUACUCGUGCCGCUGCUCCGCCGGAUCACCAAGCGCGAGGGUGGCAUCACACUGCUCCAGCGGAUCGGCAUCGGAAUGGUGCUCUCAGUGGUCACCAUGCUGGUGGCGGCGGCGGUGGAGCGCCGCCGCCGUCGGAUCGGUCCGGGAUCGCCGAUGAUGUCGUGCUUCAGGCUGGUGCCGCAGCAGGUGCUGGCGGGCCUGUCGGAGGCGUUCGCCGCCAUCGGGCAGACCGAGUUCUACUACCGGCAGUUCCCCGAGAACAUGCGAAGCGUCGCUGGGGCGCUCUACUUCCUUGGCUGGGCACUGGCGAGCUACGCCAGCGGGCUCAUGGUGACCAUUCUGCACCGGACAACGGGAUGGCUGGCGCAGGACCUGGACGAGGGCAGGGUGGACCUGUUCUACCUUGUCACCGGUGUCAUCGCAGCGGUCAACCUCGUCUACUUCGUGGCGUGCGCACGGUGGUACAGGUUCAAGAAGUCAGAUGAUGACCACACCGGCUCCGGCGCCGGCGACGCCGGCCUCGACGAGAGCCCGAAGAAAGCGGCGAAUGCAGCGCCGGUUUAGUCAUUUAGUUUAGGGCCUGCCCGUCGAGGCUCAGAGAUGGAUAUGCAUGCAUGCAUAGUGUGGUAUAUACUUAUCGGUUGUGGUGAAUCCACCUAUUGUUGUGGUCUAUACAGAUUCGAGAUUAUUAUAAAAAGGUCAGCAGAUCUGAGGAAAUAA